UAUUCAAAGUUCUAUGUCUUCUAUCUAAUACAUCGGUGUAUAUAAUAUUAAAUAUUUAAUUGAUAUUUAAUUUAAACAAAGUUGACUAUCUUGCGCUCUUAGUUCUUACAGUCGUUAAACAAAGUUGACUGAUGUUCCUAACCGGUUCUUACAAGUUUUUAAACUUGACUGGAACCAAAUCCUUGUUUUUCCUGCUAUUAGUUUAUUUGAAAAACAUAGAUUAAGAUUCGAGUCCACGUAAGAAAAGGCAUUCUCUUAUUUCCACGAGAUAAAAUGUCAACAAAGUUCAACAAUCGCCACCAUUGUUAUUUCAAAAAAAAAUUUUCCCACUAUAAAUACCACCAUCGCCACAACAAAUAUCAUCAUCAAAUAGUUCAGGUUCUAUCUUAUCUGCGUAAAUAAGGAUUUUAAAUAAAAAUACAAAUCCAUCUCUUUUAUUCAAGUCAUACACCUCUUCUAUUAUUCUUCAGAUAACCAUGAAAACAAGUCGUGCAUUGAUACUUUCAUUAAUGUUUCUUCUACUAAUGGGGAUCUACCUUCCGGCAAACGAAGCGUUUAGGUUUUUACCAAAAGAACGUCUUGGCAAUUUACAGUUUCUACAAAGAGGUGAUCUGCCUCCUUCCGAUCCUUCAAGCUGCACACACAUCCCCGGAGGCCACGGGCCGCCUUGCCCAGUCUAAUAACGCCAUUUUGCUGGCCACGGGCGUGGUCGUAUGGCCAUGCAUGGACUUAGUUAUGUCCUCCGACAUGUUCAUAUAUAGUCACCUCUGCCCAUAUAUAGUACUUUUAUAUUAAGUCAUUUUAUGUUACUUAUGAUUCAAACUGUAUAGUGUUUUUUCUAUUCUUAAGAUUCAUUUGUUCGUUAAAAAAAUAUUCAUUUGUUCAAUUUCGAAAUUGUAUAAUAAAUUUUAAUUUUUUUAUUGA